ACAUCUUCAAUUCUAUGUGUAUUCAGCAACAGUGCAUGUGCUAGAUUCUGAGAUUUGUGAUACUGUCAACAAAAGCUUUUUUUAUAUCUGAGCUUAAUUUCUGAUAAGAGCUAUGCAAAAGCAGCCUAUGUCGUAAGCAGCAGUAUGGCCAUCUCUCCUUGGAACUGUCAGGGUUAAUAUUUAACAACUCCCCAUGAGUUAAGAGUCCUUUGCUGUAGCAUGUAAAACUACAUCUCUAUAGAAGUAAGCAUUUCUCUGGAUGUGGUGUUCACCUCUGCUAAUUUUUCCCCCAGCUGGCAGGUAGAUGUGUUCUGGACUGCCAAAGAUCCAUCUCCAAGCAGAUCACUGAUAUUCAUGAAGAGGAGAGGAUGAGAUACAUAUUGUGGAACUUGGGAUGGGGUGAGAUUGUCAGGUGCUACUUAUCAAUCUGAAUAUGCUCAUGGCUACAAAUGAAGUGUAGUGCAAACCCCUAGGGUUGUGGCAGGGAUUCAUUACCCUUGGAGCAUUUUCUGUGCAUGUGGCAUUAGUGAAGCUUUGUUUUAACUGACACUGUUGAUGAACAAGCCUUGGUUGUACUGUACAAAACCUAAAUGACCAGGGUCCCACUAAGGACAGUAGUGUAGAAGGUGGUUUGUCUGUUCACGUGAGUCACAGAUAGAGAAACUUGAGAUUUAUUUUGGUGUUAUGUGGAAUAAAAAUUCAGAUGUAUUAGAUGAUCCCUUGAAACCAACUGAAUUUCAAGGGGCUGUACUGUGGGGGUCUCCAGGGUAUUCUAGUUCUUUGAAAUUCUUCAACUAGCCACAGACUCAAAUCCAUCCAGGCCCUAUCUUAGGGGUGAACUGACAUUGGUAUCAUUUCAUGGUCACUCAGUGAUUCCUGUGAAAUGAUGGGAUGGUUCAAAAGCCAAAAGUAAAAGGCCAGUCCUAGCGUUGGUACUGGAAGCAGCUUGACUGAUUGCCCAAAAAGAAGAGCAGCUGAGGAGCGCGUAUCUAUGCUGUCUGUACAAGCAGCUUGGAGCUGAAGUGGCAAACUCUUCAUUCAGUUUGGGAACUUUAGCUGCAAGCAGGCCUGUGUAACAAGUUUGUCAGCAAUAGCACAGUUAAAUUGUGAUGGAGUUGGCACCUUUCUGACAAGUGAAAUGCUGGAUUGAAGUUUUUCCUGUUGCCCUAAGGGCAGGUCAACUUUAUUAGAGAGGGAGGGGACUGUAGCCCUGUCGUCCAGUGCUUUACUCAAGCACUAAUCUGCCUUUAAACACAAACUCCUCUGUUCUGUAGUGGGUUUGCAAGGAGCCUGACUUACUUCAAAGCAGUCACAAAGUAAAAUAGAUGUGUAUCUGGCCAUCAGCUUUUGGGGACAGGUAUUGCUUCUGGAUUGGAGCUACAGGCAAUGAGUUACUGCAUGAAGAAGAAAAUAAAGAUCUAUUUGUGGUUAUGCCUAGAGCCCUUGGGCAGGUGGUGGUCUGAAAGCUAAUUUCUUUGUAACUAUGGCUACUCCUAUAAUUCACACAAAUGUUCCCAGUGAUACUUCCACCAGAUUAGAGGUAAAGGGUUUCCUUCUUACACAGGACUGAACUCAUUAAGGAAAAUACAGGAAACUUCCAUUGUUUACAGUAAAAGGUGUUUCUUUCCUUACUGUGUGUUGCAAUAAGCUUAGGGUGCAAAGCUGCUGUCUUGCCUGAGAAAUGUUGGGAGAGAGGGUGUGCAUGUUCCUGUAGGGAAAUGCGGAGAGAAGACCAGCCCACUCAUUCAACACACCUUUAGAAAGCACUGCCUAGCAAGCACCUCUGGGCAGCAGCAGCAGAGCCUCUGUCGUUCUCGGGCAUCUCACCAUGUGGUUUUUCAGGAGAAGGCUUCCUAAAAUUCCCAGAGCCUUCAUUUGGCUCAUUGUUUUAAUACACUUUUGCAUCUUCAUUGCCAAUUUCAGCUCCUUGUUUGACCUGUCGAAGACAAGGAUUUUCAGGCAUUUGAGCAUUUUCCAGCGUGCCCCAGAUGUGCCUCAAGCGGACACCCAAGAGCAACAGGGUUUAAACUAUUCUGAUAACAGGAACUCAAGGAGCUUUUUAAAGGUGACUUUGGGGAGAGACAUCACAAGGCUCGAACAAGAUAUGUUUGAGAAGACACCAAGAUGGGAAGGAAAGGAGGAGCAGAAGAAAAUGACAAAACCAGUUGCCAGGGUGGAGGAAGCCAAGGAGAACAUGACUGUGAAACCACCCCCUGGGUUGGCAGGAAUCAAGAAGACAACAAUGAAAACAGGCCCUAAGGUGCAGGGAAACAAGGAGAAAACAACAGCGAGACCAGCCUCAGAGGUAGAGGGAGUCAAGAAGACAACAAUGAAAACAGACCCUAAGGUGCAGAGAACUAAGGAGAAAACAACAGCGAGACUAGCCCCAGGGGUAGAGGGAGUCAAGAAGACAACAAUGAAAACAGGCCCUAAGGUGCAGGGAAACAAGGAGAAAACAACAGUGAGACCAGCCUCAGGGGUGGAAGAAGCCAAGGAAAAGUCAAUAGUGAAACCACUUCCCAGGGUAGAGGGAGCCAAGGAGGAGGCAACAGUGAAACCAUCCUCUGGGGUGCAGGGAGCUCAUGAAAACAACACAUCCAAAGACCAAACAAAGCCAAAAGAGCCUCCUGCACCAGUGAAAACUGUAAGACCCGUUCCUCAGGCAGCUGCAGUGACAGAAAAGAAGAAACUGAGAGCUGCUGACUUCAAGUCUGAACCACAGUGGGAUUUUGAGGACAAGUACCUGCUGGACAACUCAUCUCCACCAUCGACCUGCUCUGAAUCAGUGAAGGCCAAAGCUGCCAAGUCUGACUGGCUUCGAGGUCUUUUCCUGCCCAACAUCAUGCUCUUCACAGACAAGAGAUACUUCAAUGACAGUGAGUGGGAACGCCUGGAGCAUUUUGCACCUCCAUAUGGCUUCAUGGAGCUGAAUUAUUCACUGGUGGAGGAGGUCAUGUCCCUGCUGCCUCCGAACCCCCACCAGCAGCUGCUCCUGGCCAACAGCAACAGCAGCAUGCCAACGUGCAUCAGCUGUGCUGUCGUGGGGAAUGGAGGAAUACUGAAUAACUCUGGGAUGGGCCAGGAGAUUGACUCCCAUGACUACGUCUUCCGGGUAAGCGGGGCUGUAAUCAAAGGUUAUGAAAAAGAUGUGGGAACAAAAACCGACUUUUAUGGAUUCACAGCCUACUCCCUAGUGUCCUCUCUCCAGAUCUUGGGACACAGAGGGUUCAGAAGCAUCCCACGGGGCAAACAUGUCAGAUACAUUCACUUCCUGGAAGGAGCUAGAGACUAUGAGUGGCUGAAGGCUCUUCUGUUGAACAAGGACAUCAGAAAAGGAUUCUUGAAUGCCUAUGGGCAGAGGCCCCGGGAGAGAUUUGAGGAAGAUUUCACAAUGGACAAAUACCUAGUGGUUCACCCUGAUUUCCUCAGAUACACAAAAAACAGGUUUUUAAAAUCUAAAAAUCUGGAAAAACCCUACUGGCGGCUGUACAGACCCACAACAGGGGCCUUCCUGCUGCUGACUGCCCUCCAUCUCUGUGACCGGGUGAGUGCCUAUGGCUACAUCACAGAGGGUCAUGAGAAAUACUCGGAUCACUACUAUGACAAGGACUGGAAGCGUCUGAUUUUCUACAUUAACCAUGACUUCAACCUGGAGAAGCAGGUGUGGAAAAAGCUUCAUGAUGAGAAUAUCAUGAAGCUUUACCAGAGAUCCUGAUUGUGUUGGAAGGGCCAUUGCCUGGGAAAUCUCAACACCACCUCACUGGGAAUGGAAGAGGACCACCAGAGCCAAGGUUAGCUAUGGACUUCCAGGCACAUUUCAUCCCCACAAAGACACUUCCCUCCUUCAGGUCUUCUAUUCUCUCACAACGUUUCUAUGAAUGUGCAAAUGCUACAGGGCAGGAGAAGAAGAGCAAGAAAAUGCAGCAUGCUAACAAAGAAGUCCCAUCUGGCUGUGCUGCAAGACUGUUGCUGAUGGCUGUAGGCACUGGUGUUGGGGGCGAAGAAUCCAGGAUGCAUCUGGGUAGUAUGUGGUCCAGUGUCCUGCAUCUUUAUCCAGGUUUUCUCUCUGUGCAAGGAGAUGCUCCUCAGACUGGGGCUACUUCUGUUCUGCGUGGAUCUUCUCCAUCAGUGGUGCCCAUCUUGGAGCUGGGUGUAUUGUCUAAGCAAGCUCCCUCAGCAGCCAGUGGAUGGAGAUGGACAUGCAGGUCCUGUCUCAGGUUAAUUCCUGGAGGUGCUGCUCUCACUCUGCUCCCUGCAGAUAAAAAGGAUGGUCUGGACUCUUCCAAGUGACUAAUUUGAGAGGGGAUGAGUCUCACUUCUGCUUCCAAGUGUGGCCUCAUCAUGACACCUCUGAAGGAGCACCACCAUCAGCUGGAGGGCAGGUAAAUGCUCUCCAUGGUGUGGCGGGCAUUGCCUCUUGCUCUGGGGCUUCCCUGGCUGCAGGACAUGUGAAUGCUGUGUUGUGGUCCUGGUGUGCCAAGUCCUUGAUUAGCUGAGCUUUGGCAUGCUUGGCUCCCGGCUGUGCCAGGAGCGCUGUUUGCCCUCUUGCCAGGGGAUGUGGGAGCUCUCCAAGUCGAGGGAUGGAUGCUCUCCGUCCUUGCUGCUGGCUGGAGUGCCUGUCCACCGUCGUGCUGAGAGGAGCCUGGUCGCAGCCAGCAAGCCUGCAGCAUGCUGCCCUUCUGAAAGGGUUUUGCAAGCAAAAUAAAUGGCAUUACUUUGGCCAAGCUGAUUUUUCAUUGCAGCCCUGUGGGUUGUGGUUAUUUAGUGUGUGUCCAAAGCAGUUGCUUAAAGGCUGAGAUAGUGGUUGAUGAAGCCAGGAAAGAACAAGACUGUUAAUGAGAAUUCCUCCAUCUGCAGGUGCUCUGCAUCUUGUGUGGACAUACCUGAGCAUCCCCACUUGCUAUCGCAGGACAGGGAUCCGGGCUGGCCAAACACCUCCCUGAGGAAGUGGGUAAACACCUGGCGAGUUUGUUCUUGUCCCAGCAGCUGCUCUCCAAGCAUAUCAGGUGCUGGAGACAAAUGCAUGAAGGGCUGGAUGUUUCCCCAUGACACAACGCAAGCAAAAAGCCACUUCCAGUGUCCAGGCACGUCCAGUGCAUCUCCCCGGGCUCAUCAGGCUCUGGACUGGGGCCCAGCUGCACACUGACUGUUCCCAGUGGAGCUGCUCUCCCUGCGAGCAGUUUUCCUUUUGAGCAGCAUUUCUGUUGAGGGCAGCAGUGUCUCCAGGGUCCCCCAGUCUCCGAGGGAGGCAUUUCAGCGUGGAUUGUCAGCAGGGUUUGUGAGGCCUAAUUUCCUUUGUCCCUUUUUGCCUUGCGCUGCAGAGAAGCCAAGCAGUUUCUCAUGUCUCACUAAGCUUGUUUGCAAAGGACACCCCACCCCCCCCUUGAUAAUCUAAAUUAAGAACUCAACUUAUCUGGGAGAGGGCACAGCCUGCGUUUGGCUGCUCUGCCCAUACAAGUGCCGCCGUGUCCGUGGGAGCCGGGAGUUAUCCGGAUGCCCUGUGCCUCUGCUAGGAAUGAUGUAUGUAGCCCUGCAUGAAUGCCAGGCCCAAGGGGGGCCACGGGCUUUGGAGCAGACCAGAAAUCCUUCCUGACAGAAAAAUGGCCUUCCUGUGGAGGAGAAGUCCUAUGGAGGCUUGUCACCCUCCAGAGCUGCCUGAG